CAGGUGCGCGCCGCUGUGUCCACUUGGCAAAGCGCCUGGGAGACGCCUGUGGCAAAAGAGUAACUGUCAAAUGCAAGGUUUCUGUAAUAAGAGCGAUCAGUCCGGCUCCGAGAGUCAUGGCGACCACAGCAUCCAAUCAUUACAACAUUCUCACCUCCAGCGCCUCUAUUGUGCACUCGGAGUCCGGGAGCAUGCAGCAAGCCACGGCGUACAGGGACGCGCAAACCCUGUUGCAAACUGACUACUCACUGCAGAGCAACAGUCACCCGCUCAGCCACGCGCACCAGUGGAUCACGGCGCUGUCGCACGGAGAAGGGGCUCCGUGGUCGACCAGUCCGCUCGGCGAGCAGGACAUUAAACCCGCGGUGCAGACCACUAGGGACGAGAUGCACAACUCCAGCAACCUCCAGCAUCAGUCGCGGCCGCCCCAUCUGGUCCACCAGACGCACGGGAAUCACCACGACGCCAGGGCAUGGAGAACGACCACGGCGGCGCACAUACCGAGCAUGGCAACAUCCAACGGACAGAGCCUUAUCUACUCGCAGCCGGGAUUCAACGUCAAUGGACUAAUCCCGGGAAGCGGACAGGGGAUGCAUCAUCACAACAUGCGCGACGCACACGAGGACCACCACAGCCCGCACCUCAGCGACCACGGCCACCAGCCGUCCCAGCACCAGCAGCACCAGCACCAGAGCCACCACGACCACUCGGAUGAGGAUACGCCGACCUCCGACGACUUGGAGCAGUUCGCCAAGCAGUUCAAGCAGCGGAGGAUCAAGCUGGGCUUCACGCAGGCAGACGUAGGACUCGCUUUGGGAACGCUCUAUGGAAAUGUGUUUUCCCAGACCACGAUAUGUCGGUUUGAGGCCCUGCAACUAAGCUUCAAAAACAUGUGUAAGCUCAAGCCUUUGUUGAACAAGUGGUUGGAGGAGGCCGAUUCAACCUCGGGGAGCCCCACGAGCUUAGACAAAAUCGCAGCACAGGGGAGAAAGAGGAAAAAGCGAACCUCGAUCGAGGUAACGGUCAAGGGUGCUUUGGAGAGUCAUUUCUUGAAGUGCCCCAAACCAGCAGCGUCUGAAAUAGUUUCGUUGGCGGACAGUCUGCAGCUGGAGAAGGAGGUAGUAAGGGUUUGGUUUUGUAACAGAAGACAGAAAGAGAAGAGGAUGACUCCUCCUGGAGGACAGAUCCCAGGAACCGAGGAUGUGUACGGGGACACACCACCACACCGUGGGGUCCAGACACCGGUACAAUGAACAAAGGAGGAUCACUCUUGCUUUUUUCUGACUGUCUCGGUUUUUAUUUAUACCUGAAAAUGUCCAGUCCAGCACGGAACUAUCCAGAGGAUAGCAGGUGUCUAGGAGGGAGCACACGUUAGCCUAUCAGCCCUUAACAAUAUCAACAGCGCGCAUAGCGUUAGCGAAAGGGAAGGUGGGUUUUCCUCAAGAGCAGGGGGGCGAAUGUUUUUGUAAAAAUAUACCCAGCACUGUGACAUCGCAGUUUCUAGGUGUAAACCUUUUUGUGAUGGGGAGAGCCGUCAAAGUGGAAAGCAUCAUUUUUAGAGCGUACAUUGUGGUCCAUCUACUGCCUAUACUGUUUACACAUUUGACUUUUGUAGUGUAUGCAUACGGCUGCAUUAUCAUUGCAUUGUUUUGUACAGGACUGCUUGUCCUACGUGAAAAGUGUCAAGAGCUGCUGCAUUCGAUAUCAGAACGCCAUUUUGACAGCUGCUGAGAGGAACUGUAGUUGAGCAUCAGGCGUAGGUUUUCACUCAAUCAGUCGUCAACAUUAGUGAUCUUGAGUAGGCCUACAAACGCUCAGUUAAGAGGGGUUUUGAAACAGAAAACUAUUAUUUUUAUUAUUAUUAUUACUAUUAUUAUUAUUAUUAUUAUUAUUAUUAGCUGGAACACUGUAGGCCCACCAGGUCAUUCUCUGCAGAUCAUAGAUUACAAUAUGGCAGAUGCUUAGAUUCGGUGCAAAUUAAAAGGAAUUAUUUAAGACUUAAGUCAUGCAAUUGCAAAUAUCAACCCUUUUUUAGUUGUCUGAUAUCAGUUCACGCGCUUCUUAAAACACAAAGGCUGCCACCGCCAAGCUCUGCGCCACGCGCCAGCGGUUCGCGGACAGGUCACGGAAGGGCUACGUGGCGACGGAAAUCUGACACUUCCCUCAAGCGACAAAAUAUUACCGCAUAGAUGUUCCUGAACAGCAGAACAUAGAUCAAGUUUGUAAAUAUUGUAUAAUUUAAACAGACAUGGUUUCGUUAUUUCUCACUGGGGCACUUUUUUUCUUUAAAUGAUUUAAAAACAAAACAGGUUUUAGCUGUUCGAUUAUUUUUUUAUUCAAAUUGAUUUGACAUAAUUUUGUAUUGGGCUCUAGUACAUUCUAUUUUUUAUUUAUAGUACAUUGUAGCGACAAUAUUGCUCGUUAUUUGUAGUGUGUUACAGUUGCUUCUUGGCUACAUUUGCUUUAAUUUCAUCUUUAAUUAUUUUCCAGUGGCUUCGCACACCCAGCACUAUCUUGCCAAACCAACUCCGUUUUUUUCGAUUCUUUCCUUUAAAAUUAAUUGGAAAAAAUGUACUUCAGCUCCUGACUUGCAGACAAAUAUUUAUUUUUUUCUGCAACAGAUUUUUAAUUUAUCUUGUAGGCUGUUUUAUUCUUUCUCUCUAUCUCUCUCUCUCUCCCUCUCUCUUUCUCUCUCUCUUUUCAAAUGGAAAAAUAUUUAAAAACAUUUUAUAUUUACGUCUGAACUAGAAAGCAUAUUAUAUGAAAUGUUGGCACCACCACCUAUUAUUAUUAUUAAUAUUAUUAUUAUUAUUAUUAUUAUUAUCACACCAUUCAAAGCCAUGUUUAGGUUUUUAUUUCAGUAAAGUGGAGAUUUGGCGAAGUACAGGCUACUGUUCGUUUCUGUUAGCGCUGUGGUGAAGGUGAGGUGCAGUAUGAAUGCAGAAUAAGGUGUAUUUACAUAAACAUUCUUCAGUCCGUAAUACGCGCUGAUUGAUAUAGAAGGAAGAGGCUAUAGGGCUCAUCCAUUGCAUCAUACGGACUGUAUAGCCUGCAGUCACCGCUAAGGCCUAUGUAUAUAUGUCUUUCAAACCCCUCAAAUAUUAUUUCCCCUCAUUUUACCUUUUUAAUUUUAAUAUUUUAUUGAGGCGCUACCCAGGGACGUGUGUUUUCUAUGUAUGUUUUCUUAAUUUGUUUGGUUACAUCUUUAUUUUCAGUGGUCUGCCGAGUGCUACUCUUUUCUUUAAAAGAAAACAAAGGUGGACGUAAACGCAGAUUAUUUUCUCCAUAGCUUAAUCAAUCAAGCCUAUUAUGAACUGGAAACAAAUUGUGGGAUGUAUUUAUUUGUUUUGUUUGCUUUUUGUCAUAGUCUAUCAAACUCUGGUCUGAAUGAUCCUGUGUGGUAGGUAAAAUAAAAAGCGCAGAGGGUGUGAUAGGAAUAUGUUCAAGUAAUAUUUCAUCACUGGAUAAUGAGUGAACAAAAGACUUGCACAUUUGAAAAUAUUUGAAUUAUUAAAUAACUUUUUUUCUUGA